AAUUUCUUGCUGCAAAAUUUUCACAAAAUGAUCUCCGCAAAACCAAAAAACAAAACUCUACAUAUCACAAAUUCACCAUAUGAUCUUCACAAAAGUCUUUACUAUUAUUUGCUAUCUGGGUAGUUAUGUUUAAUGCUGCACACAAGACAUGAACGCUAUCAAACUAUCUACCCCUUACAUUCGUCCAAUCCCAUCAACGAUUCUCAAAGCACUUCAAUGGACGCAACCUUACCCAUCAUACUCACUCAGAAACCCAUCAAUAUUAGCAACUAAUCUCAUCAAAUCAUAUUUCGACAAGGGCUCAAUCGAGGAAGCACGCAAACUGUUCGACGAAAUGCCUGAGAGAGAUGUUGUUGCCUGGACAACCAUGAUUGCUGGUUAUACAUCCUGUAACUAUGACUCUCUUGCUUGGACCAUUUUUUAUGAGAUGUUGAGUAAAGAAGUUAAGCCUAAUGCUUUUACCGUCUCCAGUGUGUUGAAGGCUUGUAAAGGGAUGAAGUGUUAUUCUUAUGGGUGUUUAGUUCAUGGACUUGCUAUUAAGCAUGGUUUGGUGGGUUCCAUUUAUGUGGAUAAUUCUUUGAUGGAUGUUUAUGCUACGUGUUGUAGUACUAUGGAUGAAGCAUGCUUGGUUUUUCGUGAUGUUUAUCCGAAAACGGGUGUUUCGUGGACAACUUUGAUUGCAGGAUACACUCAUCGUGGUGAUGGAUAUGGUGGAGUACGAGCUUUUCAGCAAAUGUUACUUGAGGAAGCUGAGCAAAGUGCAUUCAGUUUCUCAAUUGCUGUAAAAGCUUGUGCUUUAACUGGAGCAAGUUCCCAUGGUGAGCAAUUACAUGCUACCAUUAUCAAAUAUGGACUUAACUCCAGUCUACCCGUCAUGAAUUCUGUUUUAGAUAUGUAUUGCUGGUGUCAAUGUCUAUCUGAAGCUAGUCAAUGCUUCAAUGAGAUGCUGCAGAAGGAUUUAAUCACUUGGAACACUUUAAUUGCUGGCUACAAAAGAUCAAAUUCUAGCAAGUGCCUCUCUCUAUUUACCUCAAUGGAGUCACGAGGUUUUACUCCGAAUUGCUUCACAUUCACGAGUGUUGUAGCAGCUUGUGCUGAUUUAUCACUUAUAACUUGCGGGCAGCAAAUUCAUGCAAAUAUUCUCCAAAGAGGUCUUGAUAGGAACAUGGCACUAGCGAAUUCCCUCAUAGACAUGUAUGCCAAAUGUGGGAGCAUUAGUGAUUCGAGGAAAUCUUUUGAAUUGCUGUCUUCUAAAGACUUGGUCUCAUGGACUUCUAUGAUGAUUGCUUAUGGGGUUCAUGGUUAUGGAAAGGAAGCUGUUGAGUUAUACAAUGAAAUGAUCAGAUCUGGCAUCCGGCCUGAUAGAGUCGUGUUCAUGGCAGUUUUAAGUGCUUGCAGCCACGCUGGACUUGUAAAUGAAGGCCUAAGUUAUUUUAACUCCAUGUUGUCUGAGUAUAGUAUAACUCCAGAUCAGGAUAUAUAUGGAUGUGUUGUGGAUUUGCUGGGGCGUGCCGGGAAAGUCGAAGCAGCUUAUGAACUGAUCAAGAAUAUGCCAGUGGAUCCCAAUGACUCUGUUUGGGGGGCACUUGUUGGGUCUUGUAAAGCACAUAAGCUUCCAAAUUUGGGUAAGUUGACUGCCCAAAUUAUAUUAGAUGCAAGGCCAGAUAUGGGUAGGACGUAUCUGAUGUUAUCAAAUCUGUAUGCAUCAGAAGGGAACUGGAGAGAAUUUGCGAGAAUGAGGAAACUAAUGAAAAGAUUAGGAGGCAGGAAAGAGCCUGGUUGCAGUUGGAUUGAGUUAAAAAAUGAUAUCUAUAGCUUUGUGGUUGGAGAUAAGGUAGGGCCUCAAAUGGAGAGGGUCUAUGAGGUUCUAAGUACGAUGGUUGUGCAUAUGGAAGCAGUUGCUUAUGUUCCUGAUAUAGACCCUUGUUUACAUGACCCGGAGGAUGGGACGUGAAUCAAAGGUGUACAAUGGUCAUAUGUUCAUUGUUUAGUAACUGACAUCCUUAAGAGUAGGGUUUGUAGCAUAGUUGACUUGAUGAAGCUUGGUUGGAUUGGAUGAGUGAAUGCUCAACAAUCAUGAAGCUUCUUUUCAAAGAGUUCUCGAAGCAUUUCUUGUUGACAUCCAUUGUAUACCGUUUAUCUCUUAGUUAGUUUCAUAGGCAUACGGUGAAAAUUUCUGCUAUCUUUUUGACUCUUUUCUAGCUGCCAGAAGUCACACGAGUUGUAAAAAGACGCCAGUUGGUGUUGCAGUUGAUAAGUCCAGGGAAGCUAUGGACUUACAUAUUUUUUGCUGGAAAAAAUUUGAAAUAUCAGGCUCCUAGCAAAUUGCUGCAAGAUGAUUGAUAUAAUAUGAUUGAGAGUUAAAGAAUAUAGAACUUGGAAGCAGUACAUCAAGUCUUUCAAGAAAGGUGAUGUAUCUUGUUCUAAGCAUGUAUUUUACAUUCUAAUCAUCAUCUUUAACUUAGAAAUACAUACAAAGUUGCAUUAUCUUUCUUUCUAUACAUGUUAUGCCUAAUUGAGGCCUCUGUUGUUAGUAUUGAUUUUCUUUGGCAAUUAGUUUGUAUUUGAUUAUCUGCUGAUGCAGACUAACUUGAAUAAUUUCUCAAGUUGUGUUUCAUUUUUUAACA